UGAGCAAUCAAAUCAAUUCAUUCACAAAAAAGUCAAGUCAAAUCCAAAAAGUUGAAUUGUCAUAUUCAUUAUUAUUAUUUUGGAAGGAGUUCUAAAUUUAUUCAAUUUGAAAUAUUGAACUGUUAAGAUGAGUGAGGGCGAAGGAACUUUGGUGGACAAGUCGGAGAGUAGUUCGUUCGAAGAUCUUGCAGCUGCGGCAGCUCAGGAGAUCGAGGAGGCUAAGCUGGCCGAGGCAGCCGCUGCCAAAGAUAAGUCGAAUACGGAUGAAACAAAAACUGAUGAGUGGCAAGAUGUCCUAGGGUCAGGCGCGCUACUUAAAAAGAUACUAAAAGUUGGUGAAGAAUCAAAUGGUUUGCGACCUCACAGAAGUGAUAUAUGCCGAAUUAGUUAUGAGGUCAAAAUUAAGGAUACUGACCAUGUUGUUGAAAAAAGAGAUCAUGUUAAAAUUUAUUUGGGAGACAAUGAAAUACUACAAGGGCUGGACCUAGCAGUAACAAUGAUGUACAAAGGCGAGGAAUGCCUUCUUCAAAUGGCACCACGUUUUGGUUAUGGCGAAACUGGACUGAAGCCUGGCGAGAGCCUCGGUUUGAUCGGAGAGACUGAUGGACCGAAAUAUGAUGGUCCAGUGAUUGAUGCUGAUACUUGGUUAGAAGCUCGAUUGGAGCUUCAUGAUUGGGCUGAGGAACCUGAACAUGAGACCUUGCCCAUUGCUGAGAGGAUGGAAACAGGUAUCAGACGUCGUGCCCGCGGAAACUGGUGGUACGGUCGCGGUGAGCCAACCCUAGCAGUGCAGCUAUACCGACGUGCGUUGGACGUGCUUGAUGAGUCUGACGGUGGCAUCACCGCUCCCACCGCCAGUGGGGACCUGCCACCUACAUCUGAUGAACUUCAAGCCUUGUUAGAGGAGCGACUCCGUGUGCAUAACAACAUGGCCGCUGCGCAGUUAAAGGCUGGUGCCUUUGAAGCUGCUUUGCAGGCAGUAACGCGAGUUCUAACCUGUCAACCGAAGAACGCCAAGGCAUUAUAUCGCAAAUCUCGCAUUUUGUCCUCGAUGGGGCGCAAUUCUGAGGCUUUGGAAGCAGCGCGGGCCGCUGCAGCCGCGGCCCCUGAGGACGCGGGGGCCCGGAAGGAACUCCAGCGAUGUGAACAGAGGGCCACACGGGAAAGAUCCGUGGAACGAAAGCUUGCUAAACGGAUGCUUGGCACCAAUCAACCAAAGGGAGCUGCGCCUGACAAGAAACCUAGUAGAGCCAAGAUGUUCGUGUGGGGUUCGAUUCUGUUGAGCUUCCUGAUGGGUGUAGCUAGCGUGCUCGUCUACCGGUACAAGAUACAGGCGCAUUGACGCCUCCAACAUAAUUAUAGACCACAAGUAAUGGAGAAUCCAAUGGUGUAAUUGGAGGGGGGUUGGUGCACAUAUACUUAAGACCACGUCAUAUCUUCGCUGUUUAAGCAAAUCACAAAGCCUUCGAGCUAUCAUCUCUACCUUGUGUACUGAUAACGAGAGAAUAUGUAUAAUUAUUGUUACAUAACGCAUGUAAAUAUUUAAAUAACAAGUCUUUGAAGUUGGCCACGUGUAAUCACAUUAUUUUUUUAUAUUUAUACAAAGUUACGAAUUAUUUUUCGUCAGAACUUUAACAGAGUGCCAUAGUAUCGAGCACGUUCGGCGCUUGGAUUGGUUAGUUCACUGAAGCCGGCCAAUCAGAGCGCCGACGCUCGAUACUCUUACGUUUGAAUGCGAUAGUACGUGCUUGGCACUCUGGUUCCGAAUUUCCAAUUAUGUGGUCGUCACACAGUAUUUAGUAGAACAAAUUCAAGGUUUAUACUGUAAUGCCUAGUUGAUUUUGUUAAUCUUCUUUCAUAAGAUAUUGUAUAGACAAUAUUUUCGUGCUUUUAUUUUAUAUUACUAUGACUAUGGGUUACAAUAAUAGACAAUAUUAAAAGUACCUACUGUAAUGUAAAUGGGAAUAGGUGUAGUUUCUAGGUAUUGAAAAUAUCUUAAUCAUUGGCUGUCUACGGUUUGCCGCUAUGUGCAUUUAUGUCUAAAUUCCUAAUUUCUAUGUAUUAAUCAUAUACAUGUGUGUAAAUUCUGUGUUUAUAGUUAGUGCCAAAAUGUAUAAUAUGUAGUUAUGAUAUCAUAGUGUUCCAAGUCACAAUCAUCAAGAUAUAUUUUUAAAAUAAUAGUGAAAGUAUGACUUGUUACAUAUUUUUCGAGUCUAAAUAUAUUUUAAAGUAAAGAUGGAAGUUUUUGGGUAAAUAAUGAAGCAUUCCAGCAAGUUUAUUUAGCAGAAUAUAUUUUUUAUGGAAACGUUUGGGAGGUGGAGUCCUCCUGUUUUAAGGGUGCUUUUCACUCGCAUUUUAUGAACCGCUGUUUCACUACCAUGUUAGUCUCUGGUAGCUAUUCAUUAGAUAAAUUAUAGUUUCAACGUUUAUCUCAUAGAUAUUGCUUGUAGGUGGUGAAACUGCAGAUCCGUAACUAUUUUCGUAUUCUCUUCGAAAUGUUCAGUUGAUUGAAUUGAAAUAAUGCACACAAAUAAAUGUAAAAUUAGAUUUAUUUAGGACAUCGGUUUGGUGAGGGGUCGCUGUGACGCCUAUAGAAUAUUAUCAAUAAUAAAAAUCUAAAAAAAAAAUGUGUUUCCAGUAUACACUUACACUAAUAAAAAUUGUUAAGAUAA